CUACUUUUACUCUCACUUCAUCGGAAGUGUGAUCUAGUUGAUUAAGACUCAGCUUUCAUCGAACCAUUCACUUACCUCGGCUCCUAACUCUUCACUCAAGCUUCACAAUCAUCUCACUCAGAGUUCAUGCCAAACUGUCUCUAGCAUCACGCCUCAUCAGAACUUUAGCUCGUCCACCCCUUUAUCGACUUAAUACCUCCAGUUUACCUAUCAUGGCGAGAACUACAAGAAGCUCUGCUGUGAAGGCUGAAGCUACGGCACCUCCCGUCAUUCAGAAGCCGCUUCAACUCUCAAGCCCUCCUGCGACUCCAGUCCCUCGUAAUGCACGAAAACGUAAGGCAGCCAUGGUUGAGGACUCCCCCAAAACCACAUCAUCAAAAGCCCCAAUUACUCCAAAGAGCACUAAGAGAGCCAAGAAGGUUGCAGUGAAAGAGGAGGAUGUCAACGAACUACCACAUAACUUAGGAGCUAUUCCUCAUAUAGCACCCAAGGAGGAAGUGGAUGAUGCUAUACCGCCGAAGAAAACGCCUAAUAAUGCGAAGAAAGCUACGAAACCCAGCAAAGUGAAGAAAGAAGACGCGGAUGAUCUUGUUGCGAAAGCUACCAUGAUUACCGACGAGUCGCCGAAGAAGAAAGGAAAGGCAAAGAACAGCAAUUACGGCCUCACCCCUGGACAGACACCGUAUCCCAACUAUCCCCAUCCAACAGCUGAAGAAUGCGAGGAAGUGACUCGCCUCUUAUCCAAGGUGCAUGGGAAGGUUCAAGCCCCAAAGACAAUCCCUGCACCAUCUCUCAAUGUUUCCGGGUGCGGAGAGGUGCCUUCAGUUCUCGAUGCCUUGAUUCGAACUCGACUAUCAGCAGCAACGUCUGGCACCAACUCUUCCCGCGCAUUUGCUGGCCUUGUAGCCAAAUUCGGUAUAUUGAAGGAAGGCAUCGGUAAAGGCAGCGUAGAUUGGAAUAAGGUGCGCCAAGCAGAGCAGAAAGAAAUCUUUGAAGCGAUCAAGAGCGGCGGUCUAGCAGACGUCAAGAGCAAAGACAUUAAGAAGAUCCUGCAAAUGGUGUGGGAGGAAAACCAAACACGGCGCGAUGCCCAUCUCUCGGUAUCGGACCAGGCCCCGGGCUCUAUCAACGAAGCUGCGGAGGAGAAGAACGCCGAGGUGGAGAAGGCAGAGCAAAACAUAGUCUCGCUAGAUCACCUACAUCUCCUCUCCAACGACGACGCUUUCAACGCCCUGACAAAAUACCCUGGCAUCGGCCCCAAGACCGCGUCCUGCGUGCUUCUAUUCUGUCUCCAGCGCCCUUCUUUCGCAGUCGAUACGCACGUCUUCCGUCUUUGCAAAUGGCUUGGCUGGGUCCCUGCACCUGGUGACCCGGCAGGUCUUGCCCCAGGCGCGAAAGGCACGUUUGCAGGCCCGACGCGCAACUCGACGUAUGCGCACUGCGAGGUCAGAGUCCCUGACGAUCUAAAGUACCCGCUACAUCAACUGUUAAUCAAACAUGGCAAGUCAUGUCCACGGUGUCGAGCCAUCACGGGGGAGAGCAGUGAGGGUUGGGAGAAGGGAUGUGCACUUGAUCAUCUUGUGAAGCGAUCUGGUGGGAGGAAAGAAGGUCUUGCUAGCCCGGCCAAAGCGGCAAGCGGCAAGAAGCCAAAGGCAAAGGGGAAGAAGAAAGCCGUCGAGGAAUAUGAGAGUGACGCCAAAAGCAGUGGAGAAAGCGAGGCUGAAAGUAGUGACUUGAGCGAUCUAGUGAGCGAUGCCGAAGUGGAGCACUCUGAAGACGAGCAGUCCGCCUCUGACUGAGGUGGAAUGGCGUGGAUCCCUUGAAACAAUUAAUACAUCGAUACAGCAGCUAGGGGCACUCGAUGGCUAUCGGUUGCCCCCAAACCAAAAUCUAAUAUUCCUAUCAAUGAAACUACACAGUCGAUUUAC